UUUAUAAGCUAAGACCACGAAUGCUUCCAUCUCGCCAAUAAUAAAGUUUUAUCUCGGGGUGGAUUUUGAAAUUCCUUAAAUUGUAGACAUGGAUCAAACCAUCCAAAUGUGUCGGCUUUGCCUGGAAUCCGAAAAACCAUCGGUAACAUCCAUGAACGAUGGGACAUUCCGGGCCAGAUUGACUGCAGUUUCCAACUUUAUGUUUGAGGAAAAUGAACAACUUCCCUCCGCGGUGUGUUCGGAAUGUUCCAAAAGAGUCAACCAGUUUUACACGUUCAUGGAAACAGUUCGAUGCAACCAAGAACAGCUUCGGCUAUCGCUUCCACCCACUCAGGUGAAGAAUGAGAUAUUCCUGGAAUCGUCAUACGAGGAGUUCGAAUCUCCAGUGAAAAAGGAAGAACAGUCACCCGAACACAAAACCGAAACGAUGGACUUGGAAGUCGAGAUGUAUGCUGAUGAAUACCUUUCAGCUGAAGAGAAGAGUGAGGCCGAGGAAGAGCCAGCAUCGUCUUUGUCGAUCGAGGAUGAGAUAUCUGUGGAAAUAACAGACGAGGAUCGUCUAAUCAAGGAUUUUUUAUCCCUGAAGUGCGAUACGUGUUCGGAGUCGUUUGAAACCUUGAAACAUCUGAAGUCGCAUGCAAAGAAGGUUCACGACACACAAGCGGUGCUGCAAUGCUGCAACAAAAGUUUUUCCCUCAAACACAAAAUGCUAUUCCACAUCAACACUCAUUUGAAGCCCUGCAAAUGCAACGAAUGUGGCAAGGGUUUUCCCGACAAGCAUACCCUGAAAGUUCAUCACAUAGUGAAGCACACGAGCAGCGAAGAGAAACAAUUCAAAUGCGAGAAAUGCAAUCGGUCAUUCCAAACGGAACAAAUACUCCGGACGCACCGUCGGUUGCACGACCGGGUUGAGUGUCCGAUUUGUAAGAAGAGUCUUUCGAAUGUGUACACUUUGAAGUCGCACAUGUCGGGAGUGCACAACGACGAGAGAAAGUUCAUCUGCGACGUUUGCGGUAAGGAUUUCAAAUCCCGUGAAGCACUGAAUUCACACAGUGUGUUGCACACGGGACUGAAACGAGAGGACGGGGCCCGGUGCGAGAUCUGCCACACGUGGAUCAGCAGGAAGAAGCAACUCCGAAGACACAUGAUCGAGAUACAUCAGGCGAAGGAGGUCACCUGCGGCAUUUGCCACAAGGUUUACCCGAACGAGAAAUCUUUGACCACACACAAGGGUCGAGUGCACGUCGAUGACAAAUUCGAGUGCGAGAUCUGUGGGAAACGGUUCAAGCGGAAUGUCAACUUGAAGGAACACCGCGCGAGCCACACGGGUCAGAAGCUGUACUCGUGCGAAUUUUGCGGAAUGGAGAUGAACUCGAAUGGGAAUUUGUACUCACACAAAAAGAACAAACAUCCAGAGGAGUGGAUGCAGGCCAAGCGGAGGGCGGCUAAGUUUACCGACGAGGGCCAUGGGGUUUUAGAGUCAAAUUAAACUUGCCUAAUAAAUACUAGCAG